AUGGGAAAAGCUAGUAAGGAUAAGCGAGAUCUCUACUAUCGUCGUGCAAAAGAAGAAGGCUACCGUGCGAGAUCCGCAUUCAAACUUCUUCAAAUCAAUGAAGAGUUCGGCAUCUUUUCCGGCGUUAAACGUGUGGUAGAUCUCUGUGCUGCUCCGGGAUCGUGGUCUCAGGUUCUUAGCAAAGAACUCAACAAAGAUACCGAUGAAACAGACCGAGCGAAGAUUGUGGCUGUUGAUUUGCAACCAAUGACUCCGAUUGAUGGUGUCACUUGUCUUCAGGCAGAUAUCACCCACCCAAAGACACUUCUGAAAAUUCUACAAUUGUUUGGAGGUGAACCUGCUGACUUUGUGUGUAGUGAUGGAGCCCCUGAUGUCACUGGUCUCCACGAUUUGGAUGAAUAUAUCCAGGCGCAGUUGGUUCUCUGUGCUUUGCAACUCACCACUUGUAUUCUCCGACCAGGAGGAACCUUUGUCGCUAAGAUUUUCCGUGGGAGAGACAUUGAUCUUCUCUACAGUCAAUUCAGUUACUUGUUCGAAUCAGUAGUUUGUGCAAAGCCCCGGUCCUCGCGCGGAACUUCUUUAGAGGCCUUUAUUGUGUGUCAGGGAUACCGCCCAAGACCUAACUGGAAACCGGAACUAGAUCUCACGAAGUCUACUGAAGAGUUUUUUGAGGAUGCACAAAUCGGUAAAAGCUACAUUGGAAAUGAUAUGGAAUUUCCAGAUGCAGAAGAAAGAAGUAUUGCCAGAUUUGUUGCCUGCGGUGAUUUGGAAGAUGGUGACUCCGAUGCGACAUAUGUCUUGAAUACGAACGAGAGAAAGCGGAAUUUAGAGCCGGUGCAAAUGCCUACUGCUCCACCCUACAAGAAAGCAUUGGAGUUGAAAAGAAAGGGAGAGAUGCAGAGGAAAUCUUAA